GGCCCUGGGGUGGGAUUCCAUGUGUUAGGGAGGUAUCCCAUGCAGGGUGGGGGUGUGCAUCUCGGGGCAGCAUCUCACCAGGCUCCCCCCCAGCCCAGCCGCCAUGCCAAAGAAGGGGCGCAAGGCGACUGCCCUGAGCGAGGAGGAGCAGUUGCUGCUGAUGCAGCAGAAGAUGCUGGCGGAGGAGGAGCUGAGCAAGAAGAAGGAGGACAUGCUCACCCAGUUCCUGAAGGACAAGCUGGCCAAGGAGGAGCAUAACAGCACCCUCAACAUGCAUAAAAUCAACCUGCAAUGGCGCACAGUGCUGCGGGAAGUCAAGGCCAAAGAACUGCGCAAAGACAUUGAGAUCCUGAGCCAGACCUUUGAGCGGGUGGUGGACUGCAAGGAUAGUGUCAUCCGGUCACUGGCCAGGGACCUAUCAGAGGCAGAGGCACAGUAUACUCAUGCUUUGUGCAGCCACCUGCACAACAUCGACCAGUUGCUGCAGUUGCAGUACUGUCGCCUGAAGUACCUGGAUGAGGAUUACACCACCGAGCUGGAGACCCUGAAGAAGGAAUUUGAGACAGAAAGGAGGAUGAUCAUUGAGCACCACGACAAAGAGAGCCGCUAUAUGCAGGAUGUGCUGUUGGCCCUGGAGCAGAACUUCAGUGAGAGUGAGUACGAGGCCAAGCUGGACUUCCAGAGCACCAGGGAUGAUGUCAAGAACAAGAACCUGGAGGAGAAGCACUAUCUGCGUAUGCAGCUGGAGGGCACAGUGGAGGAGUUGUGGAAGCGGUUCCAGCAGGCACUGAAGAACUACACUGAGGCGACGGAGGACCGGAAGAUCGCAUUUGAGGCCCUCAAGCUGAAGGAUGAAAAGAGCUCCAAGGAGAUUGAGAUGCAGAUGAAGAAGCUGCAGAAAAUUCAGGACUCCAUUGCCGUCCUGAAGGGCAAGAUCGCAGCGCACAUGCGGGAGGCCGAGGAGCAGAACCGGCAUGUGCGUGAGGAGAAGGAGGUCGUGCUCAAGCAGCUACAGAAGCUCAAGAGCCAGAUGAAUCAGGCCAGGACCAAAGCUAGGAGCAACCUGGCCAAGCUCACCAUGGACAGCGGCACUGCCCUGAAGACACUAAGGGGCAUCAUAGAAAAGGCAGAGUUCAUCCUGAGGCUGGCCGAGAUGUGUCGGAAGCUAGAGACGGAGGAGGAGAAGGUGCUACCAUUCUACGCCUCCUUGCUGAGCAGGGAGGAGCAGGAACAGGUGGAGCAAGUCUCCCUGGAGAAGCCUGAGGAGCCACUGGCCCAACUGAUGCAGCACUACCUGGGCCUGGAGCACUUCUGGCAGAGGUACAACAAGGUGAAGCUGGAGCAGCUGUCUCUGGAGCGUGAGAAGGCGGCGCUGGGCCAGGAGAACCAGAGGCUGCGCCUGUUGCUCAAGCAGUACCUGGACGGGAUCUCGGUGAGCGACGAGGUGCUCAGCCAGCUCAACCCCCUGCUGAUCCUCCACCGCAAGCCCCAGGCGCCUGGGCCUGCCGGGAAAGCCGCCUGCAAACGGCCCCUUUACAACAUCACUGAGGCCGCCCACGAGGUGUCGCACAUUCUGUGAGCCAGCCCGGGGCAUGCUGGGAAGAGCACUCUGCGAGCUGCAGCAGCUCCUGCCUGGCACCUGCAGCUGGGAGUCAGGCCCACGGAGCGGCGAGCGCUUCCCCGGAGGGGCUGGCACGCUCGCUGGGGAAACGCCUCGGCCAUGGGAAGCUGCCAUUAAAGGGCUGAACCGACUGCAGUGGCUGAUGGGUGUGAGGCCUACGGCAGCGCCGGCUGCACCCCAGGGGACUGGCCCCUGCAGUGUACA